AUGCAUCGUUUUCGGCCAUGGAUGGAUAAGGAGCGAUUUGCUUCUAACUCAUUGUUGACGACAGAGUAUGCGGCCGACCUCAUGGAAUUCAUGACCUUAGCAACAAAUCAGGCGUGUUGCUUAGAAAGUGGUAUGAUGUUUUGUCUUUGUCGAGUAUGUAAUAUAAUUCAUUUAUUGAUAAGGCUAUAG